CAGAAAGCACUUGAUAUAUUCUGUAACAGACUCGAUUUUGCUCGUAAUCUCAGAACCGAAGAGAAUUUGAGAAGAGAAGAAGAAGAAGAAGAUGGGGAAGCAACCGGUGAGGAUGAAGGCGGUGGUAUACGCGCUGUCGCCGUUUCAGCAGAAGGUGAUGCCGGGUCUCUGGAAAGAUCUGCCGACGAAGAUCCACCACAAGAUCUCCGAGAACUGGCACAGCGCUAUCUUCCUCCUCGGACCCAUCGUCGGAACCUAUGCGUAUGUCCAGAACUACAAGGAAAAGGAGAAGUUGGAGCAUAGGUUCUGAAGUUAUAUUUUCAGUCAAGCAGCUGUUGAAAUUGCUAGAAGAAUUAUAUCUUUUCCUGUUCCUCUUGCAAAUAAGUUGAGUUCUUAGGUUUUUGACCUCUGUUCAAGUUGUUUAAACUCGUACUUAAAUGUUGAGCUAUGGUACUGGGAAUUCCAGUUCUUAUCUUGACUUGUACCAGUUAAAUUGACAUUUUUUCGGGUAUUGCUAGACCUUGAAUGAGUUUAGCGCCUGCUGUGAGAAUAAUGAUUUAAAUUCCGUAUGGCUUAUCUGCCCAUUGCAGUAUAGCUUAUUACACCCAUCUAAUCUAAUGAAAUUCUGAUAUUGAAA